CUAUUUUGAUGAUGCACUUUAAUUCCAUCUUUUUCUUCUCUCUCAUCAACUUAGCUAUAUAAUUGUCCUCCGUCGGCCGUUUGAUUUCCUCCCCCUUCACCUCAAUCGCUCUCUCGCUUCUUCGGCAUCUUCGCUUUUCCCUACUCCCCCCUCCGCUCCGAUCGACUUCCAUCCCUUCACCCUGCGCGAUAUCGCAGUUUCCUCCUUCACGGAUUCGCGUGGAAGUCGGAAGGACCUUUGGUUAGGGUUAGGGUUCAGGCACCACCGGAGGCCGGAGCGGACGCAAGACCUUCCAAUUUCGGCCUCUGGAAUGAAAUGGAGGAGGAGAAGAAGGUCGGUCAUGGAGAGCAGAACGGGCUCAAUGUAUCCCGCUCCAAAUCGAUCUGCGAGACCGUGAACGGCUCGCACGAGUACACCAUCAAGGGGUUCUCGCUGGCCAAGGGGAUGGGACCGGGGAAGUACUUGUCUAGCGAUACCUUUCAGGUGGGGGGUUUCCAGUGGGCUAUUUACUUCUUCCCCGACGGGAAGAACCCCGAGGAUAACUCCCUCUACGUGUCGGUCUUCAUCGCCCUCGCCAGCGAAGGUACCGACGUCCGGGCACUCUUCGAGCUCACCAUGCUCGACCAGAGCGGAAAGGGAAACCACAAGGUGCACAGUCAUUUUGAGCGGGCGCUGGAGGGUGGGCCGUACACGCUCAAGUAUAGGGGGAGUAUGUGGGGAUAUAAGAGAUUUUACAGAAGAACAGCUUUAGAAACAUCAGACUAUCUGAGGGAUGAUUGUUUGGUCAUGCAUUGCACAGUGGGUGUUGUUAGAAAUCGUAUUGAAACACCAACUCAGUUUUCCAUCAAUGUACCAUCAUCAGACUUAGGUCAAUGCCUAAAGGAGUUACUAAAAUCUGGCAUUGGCUCUGACAUAGUUUUCCAGGUUGGGGAUGAAACAUUUCAAGCACACAAGAAAAUUCUUGCUGCUCGUUCUCCAGUAUUUAAUGCUCAAUUCUUUGGUCUUAUUGGGAAUCCUGACGUGGAUAAAAUAGUUGUAGAUGAGGUGGAACCUCCUGUGUUCAAGGCCAUGCUUAGUUUUAUAUAUUCUGAUGAACUUCCUGAUGUUCAUGAAUUAACUGGUUCAGUUUCUAUGUCGACAUUCACAAUAAUCAUACAACAUUUAUUGGCUGCCGCUGAUAGAUAUGGUCUAGAGAGGCUGAGGUUGUUAUGUGAAGUGAAAUUGUGUGAUGGGAUCACUGCAGAUACAGUAGCAACAACCUUGGCUCUUGCAGAACAACACCAAUGUGUUCAACUGAAAAAUGUGUGUCUCAAAUUUAUUGCUGUCCGAGAGAACUUGGGAGUCAAUUUUCAGGUUUAAUGCUGAUAGCAGCUUCUAGAUGAUCAAUCUGAAUAUAUGUUGCAUAUAUUAUUUAUAUUGGUUUCCCUCUAAAGGUAAAAGUUAUGAAGACUGGCGUUUUUCCAUGGAAUUGUGCUUCUGCAGACAUAAGAAUAACGGUUUCUUAUUUAUUCUAUUUUCCAAAUGGUACAUAUGCUUUCUUUACUCAACCACCCAAAAAAAUGUAGAUUAUAGAUGUGGCUUGGGAAGGCUUAUCAGGUGAUCAUCAAGUAGGUCAAGUGAUUGGGUGCAUUGACUAGAUCAUGCAGGUUGAGCAGGUCUGGCUCUUUGAUGAGUUGAACAGAUAAGAUGGUUUGUUCAGGUCAGAUGGUCCAGGGACUGGGUAGUUCAGAUGGAUUGGAAGUAUCAAUCAGUCUGGUCAAGUCAAACUUAACAAACCGUGUAGUCCAAUCAGGUUGGUUAGAUUGGGCAGGCCAGACAGAUUAGUCGAACCGGUUGAAUGGGAUGGUCAAAUUGUAUGGACUAGUCGAGCAGGCUGACAGGGUUGAAUAGGAUGGUCAAGCUGGAUUUGUCAGGCUAAGCAAUUAAAUUGGUCAAGUGGGAUGGGCUUGGCGGAUUGGGUAGGCAGUGUUGAGCUAGUCGGCAGGUGCUAGCUGAGUGAGUCAAACUAGUUGGUCCCAGCCAUGGGCAUGUUAGGACAGAUGGGCCUGUCAAACUUGGAGGGUGGACCUAUAAUUAUGAAUUAGAUGAGUCAAACAAUUUUCUGUCCUAAAAACUACUUUCAUGGUUAAACGUAAGAAUAAUUUUAUGAACCAGACUAAGAAAUAUUUCUUCCUUGUCUAUUCUAUUAAGAGAAUAAUUGUUCUUUGUCUAUGAAUUUCAUUGUGAACCGAAGACAGCAUAAGAUGCUAUACUAUAUUUAGUCGAGUCAAAUGCAUUUAAUAUUUUAUCGCUUUGAUGCAUGGAGGUUUCAAUAUUGGUGCGGUGCAUUGACCUUUCAAUUUAUUCCUCCUUUUGUUAGAUAACUGUUGCAUUGCAGUAGUCACAGUUUCUUCUUAUUGUCCAAAGCCUACAUCUAC